AUGGGGUUGUUUUUUGGUGUUUAACAAUUUUGGAGAAAUUGUAUACCUGCUACUCUAGGAAUCUGGGUUCCUCUGUUCAAGAAAACUGGAAAUAUUUGGCUGGACCUGAUAAUCAACUUCUGAUUGGGGUGAUUAAUGCCACCAAGUUGUUGGAAAAAUGUCGACUGCCAUGUUUACAAGAGAAAGAGACCGUGACGGGGCUGCGGGGAAGGAUUUGGGAUCUGUUACAUCUGACCGUUUCCAGAUAAGCAUCGCCCAAAUCAGUGACACAACCCCAUUUCCAAGCUUUUCUAAACCCUUCAUUGUAGGCUGCUUCUCUCUCAUCAAGGCAGAUCGUUUCUUCGCUGAAGGACCAUGUUCUCUCAAGUUUUGCCAUCUACCAGCCUCACAAUAUGUUAAGUUUGACCUAAAUCGUCACCUCCAACAACACCCACAAGCCUUCCCCAACGACAAUAUGGAGGAGACUUCUCUGGAGGAGACUUCAGCUUUGGUUCACCUCCUCAACUGGAUUCAUCGUCACGAAGAACGGUUCAAGAGGAGGAGACCACAUUUUGUAUUCUACCGUGGUUUGAUAACUAAACUACUGUGCACCCCGUACGAAAAUUUAGAAGGAUGGAAAAUUGCUGCAAUGUCAAAAAAUAACACCAUUUAUAUUCGUAAUUUGGAAACGCCAGAGUCUAUUUCAAACAGACAAAAGUUUAAUUCAAAUCCGAGGUUGAAACGAUUCAGCCAAUGGGGAUACGCUUUUGAACAUUUUCUACUAUCUGAUGAUCCUCUGCAAAAACCAGAUCCAUCGAAAGGCUCAACUGAUGAGUGCAAUUUCGUAUUUCAUGCAAAGUUGGGGAAUCAUGAUCUGCUAUAUGCAGCUGAAAUUGAUGGCGUUAUGACAAAAAAAGGAGAUGAUUCCAAUCCCAAAAAACGGCCAGAUUUAUUACUCAAAAGCGAACUGGUUGAGCUCAAGACUACGCGUCAAUUUCCUGGCGGUCAAAUGCCACAUAACUUUCGCAAGCAUAACCUCCGCAAAUGGUGGUGUCAGUCCUUCCUUGUCGGUGUGACAUCCAUUUUAAUGGGGUUACGAGAUGACGAAGGAGUAGUCCAUGAGUUGAAAUUGUUACCGUUGGAAAUGUUACCGAAGCUGGCAUCCACGGAGUGGUCAUCAACAGUAUGUUUCAACUUUUUGGACCAACUGCUCACUGAAAUUAAGAAAGCUGUAAAUGGAGAUGAGUCAUCAGUGUACGUAAUUGAAUACAAACCUGAAAGAAAAGUUCAAGGACAUAUUACACUGAAAGUGGAGGUGGAGGCGCAUUCUGAUAAACUCCUAAAUAACACUGUGUGAUAAGUUUGCCACAAUGCAUUUUCUGCAGAUUAGUAAGGCUUCUCUGAAACUAUAUCUAUUUAUUACAAAUGCCUUGCUUUAAAAUAUAUGAUAGUUGACAAUGAACAAUGGUAUUCACAUGUUGCAAAAAUUUUGUUUGUUACAUUUUGCAUGCAAAUAACGCAAUAUUUAUAUUUUUUAAAUCCAAAUAGUGUAGAUGUUUGAUAUAAAAAUAUUCAUUUGCAAUAUAAAUAUGUAUUACUGCAUAUUACACAUAUGCGAUAAAUAAAAACAUGAAUUUUUCUAUUUACUAA